GUGAGACCUUGCCGGGUGGGCGCAGGUGUGGCAUGGGACGGUGGGUGGGGCCUCGGCCGGCCCCCAGCUGGACGAACGUAAUGGCAGGCUCUGCGCGACGUGCCCUCCGGUCAGCCCUCACAGCUGCAGAUGCCGAGUAGGCGCCUGGCCCCAACAUGGCCCGCCGCUCCCAGAGCUCCUCGCAGGGAGACAACCCGCUGGCCCCCGGGUACCUGCCGCCCCACUACAAGGAGUACUACCGCCUGGCGGUGGACGCGCUGGCGGAGGGCGGGCCCGAGGCCUACAGCCGCUUCCUGGCCUCCGAGGGGGCGCCUGCCUUCCUGUGCCCUGAGGAGUUGGACCAUGUGACCCGCCACCUGCGGCCCCCCCAGCAUGUCACCCAGGAGCCCCCUGAAGGCACCCCUCCCAGCAUGGACAUGGACGGCUCCUCGGGCACCUACUGGCCCGUGAAUUCAGACCAGGCGGUGCCUGAGCUUGACCUGGGCUGGCCCCUGACCUUCGGCUUCCAGGGCACCGAGGUCACAACGCUGGUGCAGCCACCACCACCUGACAGCCCCAGCAUCAAGGACGAGGCCCGAAGGAUGAUCCGCUCUGCCCAGCAGGUGGUGGCCGUGGUGAUGGACAUGUUCACCGAUGUGGACCUGCUCAGCGAGGUGCUGGAGGCGGCCGCGCGCCGCGUCCCUGUCUACAUUCUCCUGGACGAGAUGAAUGCGCAGCACUUUCUGGACAUGGCUGACAAGUGCCGUGUCAACUUGCACCACGUGGACUUCCUGCGCGUGCGCACUGUGGCAGGCCCCACCUAUUACUGCCGCACGGGGAAGUCCUUCAAAGGCCACGUAAAGGAGAAGUUCCUCCUGGUGGACUGUGCCGUGGUGAUGAGUGGCAGCUACAGCUUCAUGUGGUCCUUCGAGAAGAUCCACCGCAGCCUGGCGCACGUGUUCCAGGGCGAGCUGGUCUCCAGCUUCGACGAGGAGUUCCGCAUCCUCUUCGCGCAGUCUGAGCCGCUGGUGCCCUCGGCCGGGGCGCUGGCCCGCAUGGACACUUACGCCCUGGCUCCGUACUCGGGGGCCGGGCCCCUCAUGGGCGGCCCGGUGACCGGCGCGCCGACCCCUUUCUCCUUCCCUAAACGAGCGCACCUUCUGUUCCCACCGCCCAGGGAAGAGGGCCUGGGCUUCCCCUCCUUCCUAGACCCCGACCGCCACUUCCUGUCUGCCUUCCGCCGGGAGGAGCCGCUGCGGAUGCCCGGCGGCGCCCUGGAGCCGCACACGGGGCUGCGGCCGCAGCCGCAGCCGCGACGGUGGGACGCAGAGGCCGGGCCGGGCGCUGAGCUCACGGGACCGCGGAGCUUCUUCCAGGCAAGGCACCUGGAGAUGGACUCCUUCAAGCGGCACAGCUACGCGGCCGCCGAUGGCACCGGCGCUGCCGUGGAGAACUUCGCGGCUGCACGGCAGGUGUCGCGACAGACGUUCCUCAGCCACGGCGACGACUUCCGCUUCCAGACCAGCCACUUCCACCGCGACCAGCUCUACCAGCAGCAUUACCAGUGGGACCCGCAGUCGGCGCCGAUGCGCCCGCAGGGCCUGUUCGAGAAGCUGCGUGCUGGCCGCCCUGGCUUUGCAGAUCCUGAGGACUUCGCUUUGGGCGCCGGGCCGCGCUUCCCCGAGCUUGGCAUGGACGGACACCAGCGGCUGGACUACGUGCCAUCCAGCGAGUCGCGCGAGGUGCGCUAUGGUUCUGACCCGGCCUUCGGGCUAGGACCCCGCGGUCUGGAACUCGGCGGCGCCUCACGUCCCAACCUGGGCCAGCGCUUCCCCUGCCAGGCAACAGCAAGGCUGGGCCCUGAGGCUGGGCCGGAGGCAGAGCCCGAGCGCAGAGUCGGGCCGGAGGGGCGCGCGGGGCUAAGGCACUGGCGCCUUGCCUCCUACCUGAGCGGCUGCCACGGGGAGGACGGCGGCAACGAGGGCCUGCCGGCGCCCAUGGAGACCGAGGCCUACGAGGACGACGUGCUGGCGCCCCCCACAGGGCGGGCGGCCGCUGGGGACCUGCUUCCCUCGGCCUUCCGACUGCCGGCGCCCUUCCCGGCCAAGGGCCUAGUGUCCGGCUCCGGCAGCGGGGGCGGCGAGGGCCCGGAGCGGGAGGGCCCGGAGGAGGCAGGCCUGGCCAAGCAGGACUCCUUCCGCUCGCGCCUGAACCCCCUGAUCCAGCGCAGCUCGCGGCUUCGCUCCUCGCUCAUCUUUGCAUCGCAGGCCGAGGGCACCGGUGGGGCCCCAGGCGCCACCGCAGAAAAGGUGCAGCUGCUGCACAAGGAGCAGGCGGUCAGCGAGACGCUGGGCCCCGGGGGCGAGGCGGUGCGCUCUGCCGCGUCCACCAAGGUGGCCGAGCUCCUGGAGAAGUACAAGGGCCCCGCGCGUGACCCUGGCGCCCCGGGAGCCGCCGGCGCAGCUGCCAGCCACAGCAAGGCGGUCGUGUCCCAGGCGUGGCGGGAGGAGGCGGCUGCGCCCGGGGGUGCGGGUGGCGAGCGGCGCAGCCUGGAGAGCUGCCUGCUCGACCUGCGCGACUCCUUCACGCAGCAGCUGCACCAGGAGGCCGAGCGGCAGCCAGGAGCAGCCACGCUCACCGCCACCCAGCUGCUCGACACGCUGGGCCGCAGCGGCGCCAACAGGCUGCCCUCCCGCUCCCUCCUGGCUCAGGGCCUCUCCGUCUCUCCGCCAGGGCGGAACAGCCCCCCUGUGGAAGCCCCCCAGCCGGAGCCGAGAGGGAGCCCCACCGCAGCGUACCCUGAGCGCAAGGGCAGUCCCACGCCUGGGCUUCCCGCUCCCAGGGGCAGCCCGACCUCAGGAUUUGCUGCCGAGCAGAAGGGGAGCCCCACCGCAGCGUACCCCGAGCGCAAGGGCAGCCCGGUGCCCCCGGUGCCGGAGCGCAGAAGCAGCCCGGUGCCCCCGGUGCCGGAGCGCAGAAGCAGCCUCACCCCUGCCUUCUCUGGGGAGUCUCCGAAGACAAGCUCCGUGGAGGAAGCGGCCACUGGCCCCAUGGAGGUCCUGCGCAAGGGCUCCCUGCGUCUCCGGCAGCUGCUGAGCCCCAAAAGUGAGCGGCGUGCAGAGGAUGAGGGCGGCUUCCCAGUGCCGCAGGAGAACGGGCAGCCUGAAAGCCCCCGGCGGCCGUCGCUGAGCCGGGGUGACAGCGUGGAGGCUGCCGCUGCAGAGGAGCGGGGCCCGCGGGCGCGCAUGGCCUCCGCCACGGCCAACGCCUUGUACAGCAGCAACUUGCGGGACGACACGAAAGCCAUCCUGGAGCAGAUAAGCGCCCACAGCCAGAAGCACCGGGGAGCCCCCGCCCCCUCCCCAGCCCACAGCAGUCCCGAGCUGGACCGCCCGCCCGCUGUGGGCGGCCUGGCCCCCGACAUGUCCGACAAGGACAAGUGUUCGGCCAUUUUCCGCUCCGACAGUCUGGGGACACAAGGCCGGCUUAGCCGGACGCUGCCAGCCAGCGCGGAGGAGCGCGACCGGCUGCUCCGCCGCAUGGAGAGCAUGCGCAAGGAGAAGCGCGUCUACAGCCGCUUCGAGGUCUUCUGCAAGAAGGAGGAGCCCGGGGGCCCUGGGGGAGCGGACGGCCCGGCAGAGGAGGACGCCAGGGACAGCAAGGUGGGCAAGUUCAUGCCCAAGAUCCUGGGUACGUUCAAGAGCAAGAAGUGAGUCUCGUGGCCCGGGCGCUCAGGCGCCCAGGCCAGGGGCGGCAUCACUGCCACCGGCUGGGCAGCUUGGAACCUGGCCAAGCACCGCCAGGACGCAGCUCCACUUGGGGCCUGCCGGGCGGGCGCCCUGCCUCUUGCCCCUGGCCUCCCCGUUUUGGGGGCUGCAGCCGCUCACUGCCCUGUGCCUUAUUCCCCCAACGCCCACCUCUGAGCCCCUCGAUCUCUAGGCCCCCGCCUCCCCCUUAGGCAUCCGCACCAGCAUCUCCUUGGGUUUCAGGCCCCCUCUGGGCCUUCAUUCACCUCAGGGACCCACCUCUUUGUGCCUUAGUCCCCAGUCCUCUCAGGGCUUCCGUGUCUCAGGGCUGCCGCGCUCGGAGCCUCCCGGCUACCCUGCGGCGUCGCUCUGCUGCCUCCUCUGUGCCGCCCCCUGGCGGCUCCACACCCUCCGGGCCUCCCACCCACUCGGGGCCCACUGUCUCCAUCCCGCCCCGGGCAGCCGGCGGCCUGCUUCCUGCCCUGUCCGACGCCCUCCUGACCCUUUCUUGGCGACCUCGGUUCUCCCCUCGCCUCCCCACCCUUUCACUGUGGGGGGGGGCGCAGAGGGCCCUAGAAAGGCUGCCCCGCCACCGGGAGAGGCCUGAGGCAGACCUGACCCUCCAGCAGGGCUCCAGCCUCAGUGGUGGGUCCUGCGUGGCCCCGGCCUCGUGAAGGGUCCCCGCACAUCCUGAAGGACGUGUUCGCAGCCGGAAAGGGGCUGGUCCUGGAGGCUUGUACCCAACAGGCGAGGGGAAGGCUGAGGACUUGGGCUGGUGGCUCCUGAGCCCCAGCCCAACUGGUCCGAGGGGUCCUGGCGCCCCCUGCGCGGGGCAUGGUCCUUGCCCGGCCCGGGCCCAGCUCCUCCCUGUCCUGCAUCCUCUCUGUCACCAACCUGCAAACUCUGGCCACCAUUCCCCACGUACCUUCCUUGUAUCUCAACAUCAGAGAGUAAUUUUGAUUUGAAAUGACACAUUUUGGCACCAAACGCUUAGAUGGUCUCCCCCCACAGUAGGUGCUACGAUUGUGAAAGGAGUGUAUUUUUUUAAAAAGCUUUUUAAAUUUCAAUGUUAAGGAUCCCAAUCCCUCAGUGGAGAAAGAUGCGGGAAGCAAGGGCGCCGAGUGGACGCAGCAGCUCCGGCUCGGGGCGCACGUCUCCA